AUGGCCGCGACGAUGCUUAAAUUCGAACUGGCAGUGGAAAAUGCCUACAUCUCCACCGUGCAGCCGGUCAAGGGUUUCGAGAAAGCCUGGGCGGGCGCUCUGGCCGCGGCUGUCACGGCCUUCGUGGACGCUGGGAAGCUCAAAUGCGCCGUAAUCACGACCAAGGCGCUGGUCCGCCUGGAGCUGCACUACUGCCUCAGCGCCGUUCUGGAGACCAUGGCGCUCGAGGAUGGCCGCCCAGACGCUGCCGCCAAGAUCGUGCUGCAGCUGAUGGAGGGCGGAGAUGCACCGAUUGCAGCGGUGGCGGCUGCGGGACUGCAGCGGUAUGAGCGGCUGCAGGUGCUGGUGGCGCUGUUUGGGCAGCUGAUGACUGAUGGCCACGUCACCGUGCUGGCCAAUCUGGGCAUCGAGAUGCUCGGGGCGGGUGACAUGGCGGUCGUGGCAGAGCUGCUGAUUUGUCUGGUGAAGGGCGGCGCUCUGGGCGCAGUCAGAGAUGUGAUUGCUGUCAUCCUGGCUCGCGGGCAUGCGGAUGGGGUGGCGCAUGUGUGCGUGCGGAUGAUCCACGUGGGCCAUGCACGGGUCGUGGCGGAGAUUACAGCCGCUCUUGUGGACGCCGGUGGCUUAGCGCUGGUGUGUGAGGCGAAGGCUGCCAUGGUGGCUCUGGGAGAGCAAACUGCCGGCUGCCCCUGCUACGAGCUCGUCAAGAUGGAGCGCUCCGAUGUCAUCGCCAGGAUGAGCGCUGAGUUGGUCAAGACGCGUCACCACGAUGUCAUCUGUGCCGCCUUUGCUGAGCUCGGCAGGCGCGCGUUUGGUCAGGCCAGCGCUGUAAGCCAGGUGGCACUGGCUCUCACCAAAUUGGACCGCCACGAUGUCAUGGCCAAGAUCAAGACUGGGCUGGUGCAGCGGGGGCAGCUGGACCUGGUGAAGAACAUUGUGCAGUACCUUGUCAGCCGGGGCUUUGCCUGGUCUUCCGCUGCAUGCACGCUCGAGAUGGUGCAACAAGGCCACGCCAAGACGGCGGCAGCGAUCUACGUGGCGCUGACUGAGGACGGUCGCAGUGACGUGGCGCUCAAGGAGGCAGCUCUGCUAAUCCGCAGCAACAACGCCCACAAGUGGGCGGAGAUUGCGGCAGUGGAGAUCGGGGCCGGUGAUGCUGCGGUGGUGGCAGUGCGUCUGGCGGGUCUCAUCAGGAGCGGCAACCCCGACCUGGCAGCCACCGCCAUCAUGGCCCUAACGGAAGUCUCCUCUGCCGCCAAGGCCGUCCAGGCGAUUGCAUGCCUGGUCAACGGCCAGAUGGCAACCGAUGACAUGUGUGGUGACUCAGCGGAUGACUCAGCCGCCAUCGUGGCUCGCCUGUUUGCAGCGGUGUGCCAUGCAUGCCUGCACACUGCUGCUGACCUGGCCGUUGAGCUAGCUGCCCAGGGCCUGGCGGGUGCGGUGGCGUCGGUGAUUCUGCACCUGAUCGACUGCGGCCGCGAAAAGACGGCAGCCGCCCUCACAAGCGCACUGGCCGACAGCGACCGCACGCGCGAGGCAGCCGCCAUCGCAUCGGCGCUGGCGGCUCGGCGGGAAGUGGUGCUUCUCUUGGAAGUGCUGAGAGAUGCGGGCGCCAUCAUUCAGCCGGAGAUGUGGCAUCGCGCGACCAACCACUACCUGGAAACUUCUAUCGCUCCCCCCUCCGGCCCCUUCAUCUCUGCAGGGGACCUCGCCGCCGCUGAGGCCGCCAUCCGCGCAGCCAUGUCAGUGGCUGCGGCAGCCAGGGGGAUUGCCAUGGCAGCAGAGGGAACGCCUGCGGAAGACAUGGCAGAAAAGGAGGGAACAGCAAAGGUGCCAGGUCCUGGCACGCCACCGCAGCGCAUGCCUGUCAAUCCAACCGUGGACAUCCCCCUCUGGAACGUCCACUGA